AUGAGAACAAGUGACUCAAGAUAUCUGCAACUUCUUCAACGUCUUCGGAAAGGCGAAUGUACAGCUGAUGAUCAUGAAUUACUGACGACACGAGUUGUAGACCCAAAUCACGAUGUGAAAUCUCUCGAUACAGAUGAAUGGAAAAAAGCACCGAUCCUCGUUUUCAGAAAUGAAUUACGCACUGAAUUGAAUGUUCUAGCUACCGUGUUCGAAGCAUUUGAAAAGAAUGUUAAGCCGUUGGUAUGCAUUGCUCAAGACGAAUUGAAAAUUAACAUCGACAAUCCGGAUUUUCACAAGCACCUCCUCGAAUUACCAGAUAAUAAAACAAAAUACCUACCUGGAUACUUACCGUUAGUUCCGGGCAUGUAUGUUCUAUUGACGCAAAACAUAGCUACAGAAUUGAAAUUAUCUAAUGGUACAACGGGAAUAUUUCGCGAAUUAGUCUACGAGCAAGCAGAUAACAAUCUCAGCAACGUGGAUACAACAAAGUUUCCAACACAAUCCAUCUAUAUCCAAAAACCAUUGUAUGCGCUAGUAGAAAUAGAGAAUUCACGAACAAACAAAGUGUUUGAUACACUUCCUCCGAAACUCAUACCAAUUCCUCUUGUAACACAAAAAUUCAUGGUGAAUAUCAAAGGUUUCCUGGAGGAACACAAAGAUGAAUUAAAACAAGGAGGGAAAAAACUGAAAAGCCACAACCUUACAAUUAAAAGAACACAACUACCACUCGUGCCCACGUACGCUAUGACUACCCACAAAAGUCAAGGACAAACGAUGCCCAAAAUCGUUGUCGAUCUUGUCUUUCCUCCGAGACCCUGCAAACCUCCGGUUGCACAAGCCUAUGUACCGCUAUCGCGAGUGAAGGAAUUGAAACAUUUAGUUAUUUUAAGGGAAUUUGACAUUAAGAACAUACGGAUCAAACCGAACGAAGAGCAGCUGCGAGAAUUAAAUCGACUCGACGCAUUAGAGAAGGAAACCAGGAAGAGGUAUGAACUCAAAUCUUCCAUUUUUUAACUUUCUCCGUUCCUUUUUUUGGCGAUAUUUAUUUUGUCUAAAAUUCGCGAAAGUCGACGUAGUAGUGAAAAUUAACAAUCGGCAACGAUUAAAUCUAAUCGACCGCGUCCGCUGCUUCUGUGCUUCGAAAAUUCCCCCACCGCUAUACAUAAAGAAAUAGCCCCUGACAUUGAUCCGCAGUAACUCGUGUAUAUAUUUGUAAAUAUGCCGUCCAAUUACAUUUGUGAUUUUUUUUGUUUUUAAUUUUGUGUUUGUUCUUCUUAUUUCUUUAGUACAUUGCUUUUUAGCAUUUUAUCGGAUCCCUACACGCCGUAUACACGAUAUUUGUAUAUGCUUCAUUACAGUGUGAAGUCGAAAAUACUUCUAACUAUGUGAAUAACAAGUAGCCAAUUCGGUACACUUCACUCGAUAUUACUGUGUACUCGAUAUUUGCACAGAAAGCUUGUUUAUUCAGACACCGCAGUAGAAGUAUAAUUCGAGAAAGAAACACCCAUAGAUGGAGAAAUGUUGUCGUUUCUUUUUAUGGUAUAUUCAGAGUAGAGAGUUGCGGGUACCGUUCGGCACUUUAAAAUGUUAAAAAGUUUUGAAAAUCUCUUGUCUAAAAAUGCCUAUUUCUUUAGCUAUUAACCGGGGGCGUCCUCCCAUUCAGAUUUGGUUCAAACUUGCUAGAUUCUAGAGGACACUUCAAAAUAUAUAUGAAAAAAUUUUGGAGGUUUACGGACUUGUAGUUUUCGAGAAAAAAAUUUUUAAUUUUUUUGGCUUGUUUUGCCCAUUUUUUAAAAUAUAAAUAAAAUUUUUACUUUUCAGUUUGAAACCUCGGUUCUGUAACCAAUCGAUAGAGUGCCUCGAGAUGUAUAUGUGAAAAGAUUGUCGUCGUUCCCCGGCAAUUUUUGGCGGAGAAAUUCGGAUUUGACCUUCAUAAUGUUUUUUUGGAGCCCAAAACUGUGCUUUUUCGCGAUCUUGCCUGUAGUUUUUCUCCGAGGAAGCAUUUUCGAGCGAAAAUAUGAGUGUAGAACUUGUUUAUCAUGUUGUUUUCUAUGAGAUAAUACUUUUCUGUCGCUAAAUUUCUUAAGGCCAAUCUCUAAAACUAAAAAUAUUGAGACGCUGCAAUGAGGAGAAAAGGCGCUCAAACUUUUACGCUACUUUCUCUUUUCUUUUGAGCCAGAAGAUAGCUUUCAGAAAAUCUUCAGCGCAUCGAACAUAGACACUGUCACAUACGGAAUCGUCCAGGACCUUGCACAGAGUUUCGCUUCAGGAAAGCAUUGUGGAACAAAAGUGUGGCAAUAAAAAUUGUUCAGCAUCAAAUUCUGCGUGAAACAACCAAAGGAAUUUUUGAAAUUCGUAAAACUCAAUUUUUAAAUUAAAUUUUACGAAAAUUGAAACUGCAAAAAACAGUAUUUUGAGCUUGACAAUCGAGUUUAAGACAUUUCAAAAAUUCCUUCGGUAGUUUCACGGAGAAUUUGAUGCUGAACAAUUUUUGGUCCCACACUUUUAUUCCAUAACGCUUUCCUAAGGCGAAAGACUGUUCAGGGCUUUCUUAAAAAUACUUUUUGCACUAGAAAUGAUAUGGGCAAAUCAAAAUCAAGUUUCUCCGUCAGACUUCACCCGAUAACGGCAAAAAUUGUUUUUUUAUAUAGAUCUCAAUGUGCUCUCUCCAAUGACGGCAUGCAAGGUUCUAUCUCGAAAAAUGAAAUAUUUAUGAAAGUUUUAAAAACUAGACAAAAAACCUAAGCAGAACUUUAAAAAAAAAUGUCCGAAAAACUACGCACCCCGAAACCAAAAAAAGGCUUGAAGUAUAUGUUUUGAAGUGUGCUCUAUAAGCUGGUCGAAAAAAGGGGGGAAGGACACCCCUUAACUAACGCUUAAUAGGCAAUGAACUACACUGUUUUCGACGUCCCGGGUAUUCCGUCCAUCCACUUGCACAUUUUCUUUUAGAGACAAAAAGACGUGUUCAAAAAAAUUACAUUUUUCUCUCAGUUUCCGUCAUGAGAAUGCAAAAUUUGAAUAUAUUCAAAAUUCUUUCUAGUUUACGUAAUUUUUCGCAUAUAUUUCUAGAAGAUCCUUCAGAAAGUCAAUAAUGAAAUUUUUUCCUCAUCAUCUCAAAUAAUUGAGAAAAAGGACGAUAGUAAAGUAUAUACUCGAUAGCUCAGUGGACAGAGCAGACAGAAACAGAAUUCUUACGGCGUGCGUUCAAUUCCUGCUCAACUCGCUAUAUAUUUUUGCUUCUUUUGUUUCUUUCUCUUAAAAACUUUCCAAAAGCUUUUUUGCUUCCCGACUGGCAGUAUCCCGCGCCGAUUUUGAUGGAUACAUAUACAAUCGACUAUCCUCUAUCCGAAAAUGUAGUUUCCAUCCACUCUAGUUCUAUUUAAAAAUUUUACCUAUCGGUUAUAUGAGAUAAAAGUCAAGAGAACAAUAUAAAUUCUUAUAAGAGAGAAGAAUAAAUAAAAAAGAGUGCCCUUACUUUCUUACUCAAAUAGGAUUAAUCAAUCAAAAAAGACGAUAAGCUAGCACUAACCUCGCUCCUAGCAUUUAGUCCUAGCGUAUCUUAACCCAGCAUAACUGAGAAAUGUUGCGAAUUUAUGUGAUUUCACAGAAAAAGGGUACAAUGUAAUAUAAAGCUAAAAAGUUUUCUGGACACCCACAGAAGAUCCGAAGAGACGCUGUAAGUAUUUCUGAUCAAUUCGCCAUGGUAGACUAUCUGUUUUCUGUAACUUUUAUUAUCCUUAUGCGACUUUUUUUGUGUUAUCAAAACGGACUGAUUUCUGGUGACCUCUAUCUCCCCACCACAGAAACGUUUGCUUAGUUUUUUUUCUCUCUGUAUCAGUAAUUAUUUUUCCAGUCAUCUCUUUGAAUAUUUUCUCCCUUCUGUAAAUUCUGUAAAAAAUAAUUUUCUACUUCCCUCUCUUGUGAUUCGCUUAUCCAUAGAAUAUCUAGUACCCAUUUUUCCGUAUUUUGCGCACACACAGACACACAGACACACAGACAGACAACCAGUUUGUAAGACCCUAGACUAAAGUCAAGGGAAUAAGGAACCCGCUGUCGGAUUCACCGACAAAUUUUGCAUUUGGCGCCCAAUUUUUAUCCAAUUUGGUUCAGCGCGGAGCAAGCACCAGAUUUUCUAAUGGAAACAAAACGAGUAGCAAGACAAAAUAACUAAGGAGACAGGCUAAACAGUAAAGGGAAGAUGGACAUCAUAGAAAUUAAAAAGUACUGUGUCUACAGUUAUUCAGAUCUGUUUGUUUGUUGAAUAUACAUGAGGACUACAUCCAAUGAACAUGCUAAAGUGUCAUGAUCUACGCAACCCAAUAGCAGUGUCAACUGUGAAAGUAGACAUGAAAGAAAGUUUUUGUAGAAGAUAUUGCCGUUAAGUAAAGUACAAAAAAUAGUGGUAGAUAUCCUCCUUAUAAUCUUCACAAUUACAUUCAAGUGAAUGUAUGUAACCACGCUGACAGAGAUAGUAAUUUAGUCGCUGAAUAUAUGUGUUUAUUCGUAUAAAGAUAACUUAACCCAAGCAUGAAAUUCAUAAGAAAUAAGCUAGCUGCUCUUGUUGAAGAAGUGCCUACUUCUCCAGCUAGCUAAAAGAGUAAAAUUUAGCGGAUGUAGCUAGCUGCAACAGGACAAACACGUUAACCCACUUCAGUACUAAUUGUAGCGGGUAUAUGAGUGAAUUGCAAGCCAUUUGUACCGUUUGCACGGAAAAAAUGGUCUCGUAUGGUAUCUCCUGCAGUUGUUAAUCAAACUUGACGAUUUCUAUAGGAUAUAUUACCCAUACCCAUGGCUAGUUCGUCCACUAAGAUUGGCCUAACAACUGCUAGAGAUUUCGAGAUUUUUAAAAAAUAAUGUCAGUUUUUCAUCAAAAUUUCAAGUGGCCACGUCGACCAGUGA